AACCCCAAAAAGUCGCCCGCGUGUUUUAUCAAAUGCUCCUCAAUACGUCAACCCCAACCAUUCGCAACAAUUACCACUGCCUCUGCCGCUGCUGCUGCUUUCGAAAUGGCGAGCAACAAAAGAGCGGCCCCAACCUGAGCGACGUGCUCAUGUCUUCAGUUCGGUGCGUGAACCAGGCGAGUGUGGAUGCGUUUAUUGCGCGAGGCGCCAACAGCCAAAAUAAUUACAUUAAAAAGCCCAAAUAUAACACAACAAAACUAAAACGCGACGCCUGAAAUUAUUAUAAAACAAAAGUGCAAUAUAUAGAAACAAAAUAAAUUCCAAAAGCAUAUGAAAAUAUGCAUUUGUGGUUCGGCUAUGGUGUACAAGCAAAAACGUGCAUACAAAUUACAGUUAUAAAUGUCUGUGUUGUAUAAAGUAUAAAAGAAAAAGCACAUAGCGCAAAUAAUUAAAAUAAAAGAAGCGCGAUUCCAGUUUAUAAAAGGCAUGUAAGAAAAUCUCUAUACACUACAAUUUCUUAAAAGCAAAUGUAGAAAAAAUUCCAUCUAUAUCAAUAUAUACAUAUGCCUAUACAUAUGUAUAUAUAUUCAUUUAUGCACUCACAUAUAUUUGUAUAUAUAUAUAUAUGUAUAUAUAUGUAUGUAUGAAAUGGUAUAAUAUUUGUGAGCGCCAAAAAGCCGAAGAGCAGAGCCCAACUCAAACGCCGACGUCAGCGCCAACGUCAGCGCCAACGUCAGCGUUAAUGUUAACGGUAACGCCAACGUCGCGCAGCCAUAUAAAUCGUCUCUCGUCUCGAGCGUGUUCGAAAGUUAACGGUCCUGCCCGACGGCUCGCGUAGUAAAACCGUAGCGUGUGUGUUUUUGUCGGCAAAAUCUGUGAGCGUUGACGGCGCCGUCAACUGCGCUGCGCUUCGCUGCACACGGAGCAGCCGCUGCUGUCGCCGUUACAAAGCAUUCCUUUUCUUGUUUUUGGUCAAGCAGCGUUUUUCGCACUGGAGAUUCGAAAUUGCGAAUUUGGCGCGCUAAGCAGCAAUUCAAUUUCAAAAGGACAACUAUAAUUCCCCCAUACGAAUAGCACAUAUCUAUAGGAUCAAUUAUUAACUUUAACCGAAAUUAGUUGCAAAAAUGUUAAACAUUCGUCAGAAAUGUAAUAAAAAUUGUUGUUGGCAAUUGAAGAAAAUGCGGCAAACUUUUAGCUCCAAAACAAAUAAAUAAAAUCUAACCGUUGCGAUAACUUGACAUAAUUAAAAAAAAAUUAUAUAAAAACGAAAAAGGAAAAUAGAAAACGAAUAUUGUCAAAAAAUAAAAAUAAAUUCGAAAUUCAUUUGGUAAACUAUUUGUGGCUUUGCAUCAAGAUAAAAAGGCGAAAUUAAAUAGCAAAAUAAACAAAUAAUAUGAAAGUUGUGUGAGUAAAUUGAAAAUUGUUCAUUGAGUGUCGGUUGCGUAGCCGCAGAUUCAAACGAAACCAACAUAAAAAAACAAUAAAAAAAAAUAAAAAAUACAUAUUAAGUGAAAAACUCUGUCGAAAUUUGUGAAAAUAAAAGCAAGAGAAAUAAACACGAAAAUGGAGCGCAAACAUUUUAGCUGGUUUUUGGCGCUGUUGCUGGGCGUAUUAAUAGUACAGAAGCGCAUUUGCUCAGCUCUUGCCGAUCAGGAUGAGGAUAUACCACACAAUGAAGUGCGCAACUGGGCUCUCAAGUUUGGUGUAGAUUUAUGGGAAUUUGGUCGCCAAUUUACCAAAAUGAAUGAGAUCAAAAGUCGUUUUAAGGACAACGACAUCGAAGUGAAGCGCAAGGAUGGCAUUAUAUUGCUGCGUGAAUUAGCGGCCGAGGUGAAGAACUUUAUGGAUUUCAAGCGGAACGCUGUAAUGCGCUUGAUGGACUCGGCUGAGCAGGCGGCGCUCUCCGAAUUGGAUGGUCAGAGCAGCUCUGAGUCUGGGCAAUUGGGUCAGCAGCAUUACGAUGCAAGGCGCAUCAAUGAGUAUAAUGCCGAUGGCAAAUUGGCGGACGGAGCGCGUCACAUGGACAUACGAUUCAUGCGUCGCUUCGAGCGUCUGCCGGUAAAUCUCAGUCUAAGCUCGAUUCUGGUGCCGCACGGCGUCGAUUUGGAUGAGACGGAUGUGAAGUCGGCAUUGCAGUGGAGCGCCCAUUUGGAUCCACUCUUCCAGAAUAACUUGGAGCGAGAUCCGGCAUUGUCCUGGCAAUACUUUGGCUCAUCUUCGGGCUUCCUGCGACGCUUCCCAGGCACUGCCUGGCCACCGGAGGGCUCCAAGGGCAGCAAGCUAAUCCAUGAUUUUCGCACACACAACUGGUUCGUGCAGGCCGCAUCCUCGCCCAAGGAUAUUAUGAUUCUGCUGGAUGCCUCGUCAAGCAUGUCGGAGAAAUCGUUUGAUCUGGCCACGGCUACGGCUUUUAAUAUACUGGAUACACUCGGCGAGGAUGACUACGUGAACUUGAUAACCUUCUCGGAGGUGGUCAAGACACCUGUGCCCUGCUUCAAGGAUCGCAUGGUGCGCGCCACGCCCGAUAAUAUUCAGGAAAUAAAGUCGGCCGUUAAAGCUGUAAAGUUGCAGGAUACGGCGAACUUUACGGCGGGCCUGGAAUAUGCCUUCAGUCUGCUGCAUAAGUAUAAUCAAUCUGGAGCGGGCAGCCAAUGCAAUCAGGCCAUCAUGCUGAUUACGGAGAGCACUUCGGAAUCGCACAAGGAGAUCAUCAAGCAGUACAAUUGGCCGCAUAUGCCCGUCAGGAUAUUUACAUAUCUGAUUGGCAGUGAUUCGGGCAGUCGCAGUAAUUUGCAUGAGAUGGCGUGCUCCAACAAGGGAUUCUUUGUGCAAAUCAAUGACUACGAGGAGGCGCGACGAAAGGUGAUUGACUAUGCGCUGGUGAUGGCGCGACCCAUGAUUAUGUACCAGGCGGAUCAUCCGGUGCACUGGAGUCCUGUCUUUGUGGCUGGGAAAUCUGGUGGACUGGGCAGAGAUUCUGAGUAUCAGCGACGGUUAGUGACGACAGUUUCAACUCCGGUCUUCGAUAGACGAAACCAUUCGGUGCGCGUGGCAAAUCUGUUGGGUGUGGUGGGCACCGAUGUGCCCAUUGAGGAGAUACGAAAGAUGAUACCACAGCACAAGCUGGGACCGAAUGGAUAUUCGUUUAUCGUCGAUAACAAUGGGCGUGUGCUGUACCAUCCCGAUCUGCGACCCCUGAGCGAUGGUAAUCAGUACAUCGAUCAGCUGCGACCCAAAUACGCGUCCGUCGACAUUACGGAGUUGGAACUGCCGGAAACGGAAAUUGGCAACGAUCACGAAUUGGUCGAAAUUAACAAAAAUCUGCUCAAUGAGAUGCGCGGUGACAUGAUUCGCCCCAAGGAGGGUGAAACAGAGUUCACAGUGCUCAAUCAUUACGAUGAGUCGAAGCGCGUCUCCACGCGCACCCAUCGCUAUUUCUACGGACCCAUCGAGGAUACGCCCUUUACGCUAGCUAUUGUAUUGCCCGAAAAGUAUGGCAGCCAUGAGUUGGUCUCCCAACAGGAGAUUAGGCACUCGCGUAACAAUGUUACCGAAUACUUUAAGGGCGACAAUUGGCGCGUACAUCCCGAUUGGGUCUACUGCGAAUACAAUAGUGUCAGCGACUUGGAGAAGGAGCGUGAGAGCUCCGGAGAGUAUACGUCGCGCGAUCAAGAGCCCAGCUUCGGGUCGCCAGAGGAGCAGGUACUGCACUUUCUGGCACGCGCCGGACGCCCUGGUUGGAAGUGGAUGUCGGUGCGACCCAAAUCGCCGCAGCCACAUCAUAACCUGCACGGCACCUCGCCCAGUGCUGCCCACUUUGGUGCGCAGCAUCUGAAUGUGCAAGGUUCUCGCAAGGCGGAGCCCUACUACUGCGAUCGAACCCUCAUUCAGAGCUUGGUGCGCGAUGCAAUGGUCACCGAUGGUCUAGAUAGGAAUACGACGAGCACUUCCAAUGGCAAGGAGGAUAAACAUCCAAUCGCCACAUUGAUGGCAAUUUUGAAGAGGCAAGGCUAUCAGAAGUUCGUGGUGGCAACAUCCUUUGUGGCGACACGAUCGGGCCUCUUGCGCUGGAUCGAUCAUAUCAAGAGACCCGAGGAUACGCCAGAGCCUCACUUCAGCGAGGACAAUGUGCGCGCCAUGGACGCGUCGUGGUAUAAGCGAGCCGUCGAUCAACACACUGUGGAGCCGGACAGCUUUGUCUACAGCGUGCCCUUUGGUUCGGGCUAUGCUAUCAAAUCGAAUGCGACUCUGGUCACCGCCUCGCACGCCAUAUUCGUGGAGCAUCGCGGACACAAGGCACCCGCCGGGGUUGUGGGUCUUCAGUUUCAGCACGAUUCGCUGGCCAAGCACUUCAUCAAUAUAACCUCAGCUUGCACUGGCAUGACGGGCUGUAAGCGUACCUGUGCCUCGGACAAUCUCGAUUGUUAUGUGCUCGACAAUAGUGGGUUUGUGAUCAUCUCUGAGGAAAUGGAGCAUACGGGCAAGUUCUUUGGCCAAAUCGAUGGCACCAUUAUGGAUUCCCUCGUACAGGAUCGCAUAUACAAGCGCGUUACAGUCAAUGAUUAUCAAGGCGUUUGCUCCGAUUCGGAUAAUCCCUAUACGGCAGCUGGUGGCAAUGUGCAGCCCCAUCGAUUUGGCAGCUGGAUUAUGAAGCACUUGGUGGCAUUGAGCGCUUCUUGGCUAGCCUUGAUGCCGGCCUCGUUGCGCGCCUGGCCACAGGACGAUUAUGAGACAUACGACAAUGAGGACGUAGUCUUUGUGGAAAACAACUAUUCGGACGAGUAUGAAGAGAAUUUCGACAAUGAAUACACCAUGCCGGUGGAUCAAGAAAUGGAUGAAUUCUUUACCACAGCUGAUGUGGAAUAUACGACACCGCCACCCAAGCAACAUAGGCCACAUAGCGGACACAGAUUCGCGCCCGAUCCGCAAAAUGCGCGCCGCUGCGAUUUGCGCACCGAUCUUUAUAUGUUACAACCGGAACGCUUGAAUCAAGGCGGCCAAAAUAAUCCACUCAAGGGUAAACUUACCAAUUGCCAUGUUUCGGGCUGUGAACGUCCGUUUAGUGUGCAAAAGAUUCCGCAUAGUAAUCUAAUAUUGCUCGUCGUGGACACUUUGUGUCCUUGCGGCUCCAAGCAGUUGGACAUUGAGCCCAUGGAAGAGUCGGGCAUUGUGGGAGCCUGCAGCACGCGUCGCCAGAGUCAGGAGAAGGAGUCGCGUCGUCGUCCCAAGAAGUGCAUCAACUAUCAUCCCGAAGAGAUUGAGAUACAGCAAUGUGGGCGUGGCAGCACUCUCCUGCACAUGUCCGCCUCCCUCGUUGCGGCGCACCUGCUGAUGGUCAGCGUGACGUUUGUGUUAGCCAAUGCGUGAUACGUGCACUAAAUCUAGCUAACUGAAAUGAGGAGUUGGUAAAGAGCAGAAGGAAAGGGAUUAAAACGAAGCACAAGCAGCAGUAUGAAUAUGUUAAGGCUUUUUUUACGAGCAGUGCAAGAAAUUUCAAAUGGAUUCCAAAAUGACGUAAAGCGAAGCCAAACAAUUAAAAGAAAAACAAAAACAGAUGAAAAGAACACGCGUAAUACUAAAAAGUUAAUAUAUAUAUAUACCUAUAUAUAUCUAUAUGUUUGUAGACAAUAAUUUGCAAA